AAGAAAAAAUCAACACCGUCGGCUUCUCUUCCUCACACAAAGUCGCAAAACCAAGAAAAGAGAAACAAUUAUUGUGUUGCAGAAAUUUUAGGAAAGUUUCCAUUUUCACUCAUCGACAGAGUCUCCAUUAACCAUUCAUUCAUGGCUUCCUCUGCAAUUUUCAACUUUCUACCAUCAUCUUCAUUGAGCUCUCUUUCCUUCAGAAACAGCAGAACUCAAACCCCAAAUUUUUACAAACCCCUUAUAGUCAAAGCUUCUACUUCUGUCGAUUAUUCUUCCUCCUCCCUCGCCGGUACAUCUACAAAGAAUAAUAACUGGGUAUGGAAAUACAAGGACAAUUCUGUGAAUAUUUACUACGAGGAACACGACAAGGGAAGCGAUGAGCCUUGUAAGAACAUUUUGAUGAUUCCCACUAUUUCAGAUGUUAGUACUGUUGAGGAAUGGAGAUCAGUGGCUAAAGACAUUGCUGGACGAAAUGGUAAAGUUAAUUACAAAACUACCAUUGUGGAUUGGCCUGGUUUAGGUUACUCUGAUAGACCUAAGCUUGAUUACAAUGCUGAUGUUAUGGAAAAGUUUUUGGUAGACUUCAUUAAUGCUCCUGAUAGUCCGGUGAACAAUUCGGAUAAGGACUUGGUGGUGUUUGGAGGAGGACAUGCUGCUACCUUAGCAGUUCUUGCUGCAAAGAAGGGCUUGGUUAAGCCAACAGCAAUUGCUUCUAUUGCUCCCACCUGGGCUGGUCCACUUCCUAUUGUUUUUGGAAGAGAUUCCAGCAUGGAAACAAGGUAUGGUUUCCUUAGAGGGACCUUAAGGGCCCCUGCUGUUGGUUGGAUGAUGUAUAAUGUACUUGUCAGCAAUGAGAAAUCAAUAACAUCACAAUAUAAGUCCCAUGUUUAUGCAGACCCUGAAAAGGUAACUCCAUAUAUCAUCGAGAGCCGAUUCGCACUCACUAAACGGCAAGGUGCUCGCUAUGUGCCUGCUGCUUUCUUGACUGGUUUACUUGACCCAGUAAAGUCCAGGGAGGAAUUUGUCCAACUCUUUGCAGAGUUGGAGGGUAAGAUACCGUGUCUAGUUCUGGCAACAGCGGGAUCUCCCAAGAGGUCAAAAGCAGAGAUGGAAGCACUUAAGGAGGCCAAAGGGGUCAGCAAGUAUGUUGAAGUGCCAGGUGCUCUCCUUCCCCAGGAAGAGUGUCCUGAAAUAGUUGCAGAACAGCUUUACAGAUUUCUGCAAGAGAUAUAUGAGCUGUAGGCUUAUAAUGAUUAUCAGCUCAAGUAGUCAAAGGUACAGAAUUUUUCCCAUGCGCAACAGUGAGGUUAAUUGGUUAAAUUUGAGAGUAUGAGAUUACAGUGCCAUCACCUUUAUACAUGAUAAAUAUGAAGAUUUCCCAAGUGUAUGAAUUUGCAUCUGUAUUGAUAGAUCUUCCUCCUCUUGAACCAAAGAAAGUUGAGCGCUAAACCGAUCUAAGACAAAUAAUGUUCUUAUUCAAUAUGUGCUGCUAUAGCGGUUUCUUAGUUGUGGUUGUUCUUUUUUUAUUAUAUAAAAAAUUACAGAUAUAUCAGUUAUUUAUGUUUGAGGAAAUAAAUUUUACAU